CAUGGAGCCCAGAGAGAAGCUAUUUCAGCUUUAUAUACUGCUUUAUUCACUGAUUUAUUUCUACAACAGGGCUUGUUUUUACUAUGGAGCUGUUCUGGGAUCUAGCUAGAAACUGAAGUCCACAAGCAAUUGUCUCAGCAAACUUUAGCCUGUGAAAGAAGUUACCUAGAUCCACAGAAACUUCCAGUCCUCUCUGAGUGCUGAGAGGAAACGAAUUCAUCUUCCCCUCCAAAUUAUCCACAUUCUGUUAUUGACAGAUUUUUCUCAGAAACAAGAACAUGAAAAAAGGGACAUGGAUCCGUCUGUGUGUCCCAGAGCAGGGACACUGCACUGCUGUUGGGAGUGCUUCCAGCACCUCGGCAGGACUGUGAGGACUUUGGCUCGAUGGCACCCCCAAAGAAGUUAAAGGGUCUGGUAGCUGCUACCAUCACUCCAAUGACUCCGGAUGGAAAAAUAAACCUGCCGGUGAUUCGUCAGUACGUGGAUUACCUGGUAAACGAGCAGAAUGUGAAGAACGUUUUUGUGAAUGGCACAACAGGAGAAGGCCUAUCCCUUAGCAUCCAGGAGAGGAAGCAGUUGGCAGAAGAAUGGAUGUGCCAGGGAAAAGACAAAUUGGACCACGUGAUCAUUCAUGUGGGAGCACUGAAUCUGCCAGAGUGCCAAGAGCUGGCAAGACAUGCAGCAGCCAUAGGUGCUGAUGGCAUUGCUGUCAUAGCCCCCUUCUUCUUCAAACCCACAAACAAAGAUGAGCUGGUUGCUUUCUUACAGAAGGUUGCAUCUGAAGCCCCUGAGGUGCCAUUUUAUUACUAUCACAUUCCUCCUCUGACAGGUGUGAAGAUUCGUGUGGAAGAGUUGCUGGAUGGGAUAAAAGCACAGAUCCCCACCUUCCAGGGUGUGAAGUUCAGUGACACGGACCUCUUGGACCUGGCACAGUGCAUCCACAAGAAUGGAACAGGGGAGUUUGAAUUUCUUUAUGGGGUGGAUGAGCAACUGUUGGGUGCACUGGCACUAGGGGCAAAUGGAGCAGUUGGAAGUACAUACAACUAUUUGGGCCGACAAACCAAUCUGAUGUUGCAAGCCUUUGCAAAGCCAGACUUUGCCUUGGCACAGCAGUAUCAGUUUCUCACUGGGGAAUUUCUCAACUUUGUCAUCAAACUGGGGUUUGGUGUUGCACAGACUAAAGCUGUAAUGACUUCUGUUUCUGGCAUUCCCAUGGGACCUCCACGGCUUCCGCUUGUUGCUGCCUCCGGUGAGUUCAUCGCGAAGGCCAAAGCCAAGCUGGACAGCAUUGUGUGGCCUAAUGGUGACUGAUCAUGGAGUCAUGGAAUCAUUACAUUGAGAAAGACCUCUAGGAUCAUCAGAUCCAACCACUAACCUGACACUCCUGAGUCCACCACUAAGCCACAUCCUCAAGUGCCACGUGUAUGAUGUUGUUCACUUCGUGUUGAUCUGGAGGUUUCUUUUCUGGGAUUCUCUGCCAUGUAACACAUCCCCCACGUGAAGGGCAGGAUUUCUUUCAGGGAACUGGCAAUGUGCCCAAGCCCCUUCCUGUCCGGGCUGGCUUUGCUGGGACACAUGUGCCUGACAUUUUACACUGCUCCCCUGGCGCUCUGCACGUUCCAGGACUAACUGGGAUUGUUUAAUAAAAAAAUAGCAAAUUUUUCCCAGUUGGAGGAGAAGGCUGAUGACUUUUGCCUAGAAAGGAGGAAGAUCUGUCUCUGAUCACUCUCAGCUGGAUGGUGUUUUGUCCUCUCCAUGAGGACACUACAUUGUGGAUUUAAACAACAGUAUGACACCAUCAGGUUGCUCAGGCUGGUAUCUGUUCAUCAGAGUCACUGGGACAUUGUCUGUGCAUGUAAAAUCCUGCUUCUGUCUGAUCUCUGUGUUUCUACACCUUAAUGCAAAAUUAAAAAAAGAAGUAUCUUUUGUGACAGCAA